UGUUAAUCAUUCACGUUCAUAUUCCAUUUAGUUGUGCCAUGCACUGUCUCUGCAAUCUUUAAAAUUACUAUCUUGCGCUACCUGCCCAUCCAGACCACCAAUAUGGCCGGAAUAGCCCUCGAGGUAUUCGCCCUACUAACUGGCAGUGCCCUUGGCAUCAUCGGUUUACUCUUCCCACACGGUGACGCCAGUACAAGCUACUUAGCUCAAGGCCACUCCCUUGUACGCGUCGGUAUUGGCCUGAAUUCUUCUACAUCUGAGGGUCUGGGUGGCACUGUCCCGUCAAUCAGGGUGUACAAUGAGGAGGUUAUUCCCAUCGGUCGCGCAAGUGGUUCCAACUUAACCAACAUUGGGGCUGGCAAAUACAUCACCAUUCCAGUCAUACAGAAUAUGACAUACCAGCAACCGACAUAUUUGGAGGUUGCUGGUGGUCCUGAUGCUGUCUGCGUGGCGUACCUGGCUCAGACGUGGUCAGAUGGUACUCAAGUUGGGUGGUUGGGGGAUAUCGGCAAGUUCUGUGGGGCGAAAUGGUAUUACUCGAACCUAUAUGUUGGCACCUCUAAUGGGUCUAUGUACAAACCGUAUUGCACUUGGAUCGGCGGUCACCGAAACCAGAACGCCUUGUUCGAAUACAGUGGCCUUCGAAUUCACACUCCAGAUUUUGGACCUGUGGAUUCAUCGAACCAUUUUAAUGUUCCGGAAAACCCUACAGCACUUUGCAAUUACCCUAAGCUAGAGUGGUACCGGCAACCAAUAUUCCAGUCUGCAGCUCCAAGCUUCCGGCCUUUUACUUUUAGUCAUAUGUUAACCGUGCUUAAUGUUUUCAGCUUGAUCGGUAGCACCCUUGGUGCUCCUAUCAAAAAGUUGCCAUCUUGGAAUUGGGACGAACGAAACCAGGUGUCGUUCAGACCGAGUAUAGUCGGCAGUCAUGAUGUGCGACAUAGCAGCAGGUACCUUUGUGCGAGCCUAACUUCAUGGGGACCGGAUUUCGUGUCCUUUGAAGAGGGCAUAUUCUGCGACAUGAGCCUCAAAAAGACUUGGCCGCUAUGCGGUGGUAAAGUUGCUAAGAAUUGUUAUGAUUGGCAAAUUCAUGCAAUUUUGGAUGGGAGAAGGAGGAAGCGCGAGAUUCGAUAUCGUAAUGCUAUUGAGUGGAAAUAGGUCGUUCCCAGAUAUAGGGUAUGGGAGUUCGCAUGGUUCACUACCCCAUCCGAUUUCGCUACUCUUAUUGUGACAGCGUGCUGCUAUCGUAUAAGCUGCAUGGAUAUAGG